GUUCUAUUAUCAAGUUCAACUGACAUCCCUAGUUUGUGACAGCUGCGCAAUCAAAUCUUGAGCUAUUGCUUGGCCAGACUACGAAAAUACUGGCUUUUGAUUUCGAUUUAUACAUAGUUUAUAAGGUGCCCUGUGUAUUGAUUCUUAUAAAAAAAAACCAUCCCUGCAAGGGCCACUGCUUGGAGACGAAUGAGAAUGUCCUCGGUGAAGGACAGUCGGUGAAAGUGUGUGUUGUGAUCUUGGGCGCGCGAGUGGGUGACUAUGGGCGUGGGCCUGCAGCCGCUCGAGUUCACAGAGUGCCUGGCGGACAGUCCCCAGUUCCGCGAGAAUCUACAGCGACACGAGAAGGAACUCGAGCGUACAAGCCAGCAGAUCAAACGUCUCAUUAAAGAAGUCAAGGAUGUUGUUCAGGCGGCCAGACGAUUGGGUACAGCACAAUUGGCGCUGGCUGCAAGUAUGGAGCAAUUUGAGUUUGCAUGUAUUGGAGCUUCUAUGACAGAGGAUGAGCGAGUCAUCAGUCGCUCAUUGCAUCACUUUGCACACCUCAUCCGCACCAUUGAAGAUGAGCGUGACCGCAUGUUGGGGCGUGCGCACGAGCAGAUCAUCCAGCCCCUGGAGCGAUUCCGCAAGGAGCACAUCGGAGCCGUUAAGGAAGGCAAGAAGAAGUUCGACAAGAAGACUGCCAAGUUUUGCCAGACGCAGGAGCGCACGCUCUCGCUCUCCACCAAGAAACCGGAGAAUGUUUUUCAAGAGGCGGACGCGGCGAUGGACAUGGCGGAGCGCGACUUCUGCCAGGCGUCGCUGGAGUACGUGUUCCAGCUGCAGGCGGUGCAGGAGCGCAAGAAGUUCGAGCUGGUGGAGACGCUGCUCGGGUUCGUGUUCGGCUGGUGGACCUUCCACCACACCGCGCACGACGUGCACGCGGACGCGGAGCCGCGCGUGCGCGACCUGCAGCUGCGCAUACAGCGGACGCGGAGCAACUUCGAGGAGACGAGCAAACAAACAGAGUCCCUCAUGAAAAAGAUGAUGGAGGUCCGACAGAUGUACAAGGAGGACGAGGGGAUAGAGGAGAGCGGCGGCGUGUCGCGCGCCGGGUACCUGUUCCUCAUGGAGAAAAAGGCGUUCGGAACGGCUUGGAGUAAACACUACUGCACGUACGAGCGGGCGUCGCGCGUGCUCUCCCUCACGCCCUUCAACCAGAUCAACGUGAAGGCGGUGCUGGGCGGCGGCGGGGGCGGGGGCGCUGCGGGCGCGGGCGGGGGCGGCGCGGGCGAGGGCGGGGGUGCGGGGCGCGCGGGCGCCGGGGCGCGGCGGCUGCGCGCGCUCGUGGGGGGCGCCGCCACCGACCAGGUGCCCGUGUGCGGGGCGCGCGCGUGCGCGGACACGCCCGAGCGACGGUUCUGCUGGGAGGCCGUGCCGCAGGAUCGAGAGCGCGCACCGCUGACGCUGCAGUCGCUGUCGGAGCGCGACCGCGGGGCGUGGAUGCGCGCGCUCGACGCACUGGACCGCUGCGCAGGUACACGCGCACGCGCACGUGCACUUUCUAGGGGAAAAAAAUACGAUUUUUAUUUCUUAUGAACCCGAGGUGGUCCCAUGUAA